CGGUGACGACCGAAAGGCGAAAUAAUCACCAUUCUCUAACGCCGCCUGAGCGAACGGAAUCACCGCCGACAACGUUUUCCCAAGCAAUAACCCACCAAAGUGCGAAAAAUAAUUACGAAUUCAGAGAUUUUCAAUUGUCGUGGAUUUUGGAAAUGCAAUUUUUCAGAUAUUUAGAAAUAUCAAAAUCACAAACGCUCUUGACAUUAUGUAUUCAUAACUAUAGCUCGUAUGUGUUGCGGUGAUCAGAAAGGUCAAUUUUUUAGCAGUUUAUGAUUAACACUUAUCAGUUUAUCAGUGUAAAUUAAAAAUGUCUACGCACGUGGAAUGUGAAUAUCUAGAUAUUUAAUAUUUAUACAGUCUUACAUUUUAUUAAAUAACAGCAUACUACGUUCGAAAAAGAAUUCAAUCUGGCGACGGCGACCAGUUUUCGUCAGAUAAACGUAGUGGUCAUUGUCCACUGGUCAGGUAACACCCGUUUUGACGUUGUCACUUGUCACCUCACUGAGUCAACCAUUUAUUUUGUAUCCUUUUGUAGUGCUGUGUAAUUGAACCGCACUAUUGUGCAUAAGUUGUUCUAUCUCAACUUAAACAGAAAUAUAGAAUACUAUUAAGUUAUUUUCGUUAUUUCUUACUUAUUAGUAAAAUGUGUAAUUUGUAAUGUCAUUGUUCAUAAAUCUAAAUUGUUAGUAAUUAUUCAUACAUCAUCUUCAAUCUGUCAGUCUUCAUGGUUCACACAUAUCUACCUAUUACAUAUAUUUUGAUGAAUUUAAAUGUUGAAACAAAUCAUUUUUAAUUCAGUGAUUCAAUGGAUUUUAAUUAAUUAACAAUAUAACAAUUUACGACAAUAGUUUAGGGUGUUUAUAUUUGUGAACAGGUACCUAUCUAAUUUGUGUAUAAGUAGUGACUUAUACGUCUCCUUAUAAGAACAUAGUGGAUAAACUCAACUUUAUUUAGCUAUUUUUUUCUAAUAUUUUGUUUGGAGAAAACAAUUCAGUUAUCUAAAUUUAUGUAUAAUGGGUUCAUUAAGGUCCUUGGUUUAUAUUUCCUCUGGAGGAUGUAUUUUGUGGGCAGGAACAAAUCUUAUCACGCAGAAUGAAAAAUUUUAUCAGAAAUUUAUUAUUCCUGCAUUCUUUACUUUUGAUCCAGAAAAAGCUCAUAACCUUUUAAUAUUUUCUGGAAAAUAUGGUCUCAUACCAAAAUCAUUUUAUAAAGAUCCACCGACAUUGAAAACAAAAUUAUGGGAUUUGAAUUUUACCAACCCAAUAGGUCUUGCAGCUGGGUUGGAUAAACAAGGCGAAAUAACAAAAGCAUUAAAAAAUGUAGGGUUUGGUUUUGUAGAGGUUGGUUCAAUAACACCUCUACCUCAACCAGGCAAUGAAAAACCAAGAGUGUUUAGACUUUUAGAUAGUCAAGCUAUUAUUAAUAGGUAUGGAUUCAAUAGUGAUGGUCAUAAUAUUGUAUUUGAAAGACUUAAGAAUCUUAAGCAACACCAAAACUUUGAUGGUAUAAUUGGUGUUAAUUUAGGAAAAAAUAAAGAGUCCGAAAAUGCAGCUGAUGACUACGUGAAAGGUAUUGAAAAGUUUGCUCCAGUUGCAGAUUAUUUUGUUAUAAAUAUAUCCAGCCCUAAUACUCCAGGUCUAAGAAAUUUGCAAAAGAAAAAUGAUCUCAUAAAUCUACUUUCAAAAGUUGUGGAAGCAAGAAAUCAGUUAAGUGGAGAACGCAAAAUUCCAUUAUUAUUAAAAAUUGCUCCCGAUCUUACUGAUCAAGACAAAAAAGAUAUCGUUGAUGUAAUAAUUAAUAAUAAAAAGUGUAAAGUUGAUGGAUUAAUAAUUUCAAAUACAACUAUUAAACGAAUUGGCGUUUAUGACAAUCCCAAUGCAUUAGAACCUGGUGGUCUUAGUGGGAAACCACUACAAGAAGCAUCUACAAAAUUAAUUUUAGAAUUCUAUAAAUUGACAAAUGGUAAAAUACCAAUUAUUGGAGUCGGUGGAGUUUUUAAUGGUCAAGAUGCAUAUGACAAAAUUAAAGCAGGAGCUUCACUUAUACAAAUUUAUACAUCUUUUAUAUAUAAUGGCCCACCAGUUAUAGUUAAUAUUAAAAAGGAACUAGAUUAUCUCCUGAGGAAAGAUAAGUACAACUCAAUAUCCGAAGCAAUUGGUGCAGAUGCCAGACUGUAAAGUACAAUAACUCAAAUAACUGUUUAUUUUAUUUAAAAAUUUGGAAAUUUUCAAUAUAAUUUUUUUUAUU